AUGGACCAACCUGGAAGCACUCAACUGGCGGAAGGCUGGCCCGCCCCGCCUUACUGGUACGCCUGCUUCCCUGCCGAAGCCCCUGACCGCGACACCCUCGAGUUCGCCUACGACAAGACCCUCUUUCCACCACCUCCCGUUCCGCAGGACAAUUUCACCGCCUUUGGCGCUGUGGUCGACAUGAGCGAGUUUGAUAUGUCCACUACUUUGGAUUCGGACGCGAAAUUGUACCGUGAAGAGGGUGUAGAAUUGCGUGACGAGUUCGACCGCUUGUUCGAUACAUUGUUGGAUGAGGUGGUGGUUUUGUUCGGCCAGUCAAGUCAACUGAAUUCGGAGUUCGCAGGUGGUGCGUCCGGCCGAGUCAAGAACAUCAUUCGGCUCUAUCGUAACCUCCAGAACAUCCUCCACGUGCUCCGCCAAGACCAGUUCACCGCUAACGUCCUAGACAUGCUCCAUCAACAGGCACAGCAAAAGCUAGCAAUCAUCAACGACAUCCGCCAGAUCGCAUUUGACCUUGCCCCACUCACUCUCGAAGACGCUAUCCGACCCCCCACCGACGAAUGA